AAACGGUCAGCUGCCAAGCGACACCCCCAGCGGAGUCUGAGACAAUAGUUGGGUCAGUUGAGAGCGCCUUUGACUGGACGAAUGCCAGGAGGACGAUGAACGGUGAGAAGCCGAAGAGGGAGGAGACCGUCUCCCAGGUGACUGGUACCAACCUGUCCACCUCAAAUUAUGGGACUUGUGAGACGCAGCUACCCAACACUCUCCAACAGCAGCAACUUGAGAGACCGAAGGGGAAGAAUGGGACCAAGCCAGUCACGGUGUCUAUGGACUCCUCCUGUUUGUUGACUCCGCCUAACACACCUCUGAUCUUUGACUCCAUCGGCCUGGAAUUGUCUCCAGAAGCUACACCUGGGAAGGACAUCCCAGAGUCUCGGAGAAACGGACUCAACGGCGCCAAAACCCCAACCCAGGAAGG